AUGUGGGUGUUCGUAUGCUCCAAGCUGGUGAAGCAGAGGUCCACGUGUCCUCCAUCCAAGCCUGCACCACUCAACUGGGAGGACGUGCUGUCUCUACCACUGCCUGCUAAUAAAGAACGGGGUUACACAACGAGAGACAGGGAUGAGGGGAGGAACAGUAGCUCAGAUGAGGAUGAGGAGGACUGGUGUCCCCCGCUGCCAGCCAGGACCUACCUGAUGGAAGGCUCCAGGGAUGAGUUACRCAGCCUGCCCUCCUCCAGAAGAGAGGAGCUGACCCAGGGCUCCACCUCCAGCCUGCGGUCCACAGCCAUACUUCCCCCCUCCCCUCAGGAGGAGACACACCCCCUCAACCCCAACGACAGCCCCCCGCUGCAGCAUUUUGACCUGCUGGCCUGCUACGGGCCCAGUUCCCAGGUCUCCCAUUCCAACCCCAACCUGUUUGCCAAUAAGGAGGAUGUCAGCGGGCCAUAUGAUGUCAGCGGGCCAUACCACACCAACCAAUGGGGAGACACCUUCAUGGGGGAGAGCUAUAUUUCAGAGAGGAGUGGCGGAGGAGGACAAUCUCCUUUCCUGGCUGAGUAUGCUCAUGCUACUCAGGGGCACAGAACCAGGAGCAAGAAGAAAGUCCUCAGGGAGGGCCAGCACCGACGAGAGCUGCAUGACCAAGCAGUCUGUGCAGACCUGCCCCCUCCGCCGGCCCCACCCCCUGCAGCAGACGACCCCCUGCAUCUCCUGGCUGAUGUGCUGGGCUGCAGCCGGACAUCGUCGGCGGACAACUCGCCGACUCUGCAGGGGAGAGGAGACUACCCCUCACCCCAUAAGAGGGGGCCUGCCAUGUGGGGCUCACAAGAUGAGGGUGUAAUCCUGUACUGCCCAUCCAGCUUUUUGCCCCGGGGCCAGAUGUCAGGCUACGGUUCCCUUGGUGGAGGGGCCUCCUUGCGGGCUUCAACUGGACAGAGAGGGCCUGGAGCUGUCCGGAGGAGGGACGAGAACCUCAUGUAGCUGGAAGCACAUUAUGUGAUGUGAAGUUCUCCGCCAUGUGUUUUUUAAAAGGUUGUUUUGCUGCUUCCACUUUUGCUGAAAUCCAGCCUGUUGCCAUGGUGUCAAAGAAGAGCUGAAUACAAAAGUGAAAGCAUUUAGGCUUGCCACCUGCUUUUUCAAUAUUAGUUCAUAUUUGUGUUUUUUAUUUAUUCAUAAUUUGUAUGUGAUUUGAUGUCCUGCCUCUGUAUAUAAACAUCUUUGCAACUUUUUUUAAACAUGACCUGGGAUAAAGAUAAUAUAUUGUAUUUUAAGAAAAGGGAAAGAAAGUCUUAAAAUGACUAUAGAUAUUAUACAUCAGAUGUUUGAAUGUACCUUAUGUUUAUUGUUUACCAUGGUGAUGUUUGUGUAAUGAAAGGAUAUGAGGCAGAAACUCUGUUAACAAGACCUGAUAGUUGGGCAUCUGUGAGGUUCUGUGAGUGUGUUUACAGUUUCUCUUUCUCUCUCGCGCGUGCUGUCAUUGUGGAGUCAACCUCCUGCUUCUUCUAAACAGGCAUAUCGAUCUUUUCAACAGCAGAUGAAAUAGCCUUGUCAUUUUAGGUUGUGAUGCUGAAAAUGUGUGAACCUAUACCCUUGUUAAACACCAAUUGUUAUGUUCUGUCAUCAGUGGAAUGAUUUGUUAAAAAAUACCAAUAAAACAUUUGUUACUCUAAA